CCAACUUGAUAGAUGACGUUUCUAAUUAGUUUAAAUAUAAUCUGUUUAUUAACAUACUCAGCGAAAUUCAAACCUGGUGUUCUGGUAGGCAACUUGAUCAACUCCUUGAGUCAGGGAUGGCUAUGGUUAGUGAUUGGACGGUGCAAAACUUGGACUUCUCAAGCUGUGGAGAGGAAGAGGAGGGUAGUGACAGCAGUUUGGAUGAAUGGAGCUCCAGCAAUCCUCAGAUCCUAAGUCCCAACCCUGUGUGCAGGACUCCCAUAGUGCAGCGUCAUUGCACCAGGAGCUUCACCGUAUCCCCAUCCAUCCCAGUUUCACCGACCACCCCCAUUCCCUAUGCUGCCUGGAGGAAACUGAGGCUCUGUGACUCCCCCAGUACUCCCAAGAGUCUGCUGUCCAAGUCGGCUCUGCCCAGUUCCAGCACCAAGAUAUGCCGCAGUCAGAGGGCUCUGCGCUUCACCACUUCCACUGACCCUUCCCAGUGCAGCCGCGUGCCCUCUGUCAAUGUGAACCCCUUCACCCCCGACACGUUCCGCAAGACCAGGGAGCACUACAAGAGGAAGAGUCGGAGGAGUGACGACGAUGACGACUAUGGAUGCAGAAUGAAACCGAGCCAUACGUCAUCGGAGGAUGAUGAUGCAUUUCUCCCGUCCAAGAGGCAGGCUGUCCAGGCUUUCAUGCUGUCUAGGUAUGAGAGUGAAUUUCUGGAGCUUGGACACAUCGGUGCGGGGGAGUUUGGAGUGGUGUGCAAGUGUGUGAAGAGGCUGGACGGCUGCUUGUACGCCAUCAAGCGCUCUCGCCGACCACUUGCCGGGUCUGCCAAUGAGCAGCUGGCCUUAAAGGAGGUGUAUGCACAUGCUGUACUUGGGCAUCACCCCCAUGUCGUCCGCUAUUACUCAGCAUGGGCUGAAGAUGAUCACAUGAUCAUACAGAAUGAGUAUUGUGACGGUGGGAGUCUCCACGAUGCCAUAUUAGAGAAGGAGGCAUGUGGAGAGCUGUUUCCAGAGCUGGAGUUGAGGGAUCUACUUCUGCACGUCUCCAUGGGUCUCAAGUAUAUUCACAGCUCUGGCCUUGUGCACCUGGACAUUAAACCCAGUAAUAUCUUCAUCUGCCAAUGCUCGAGCGCAGGUGGAGCGGGUGAGAGUGAGGAGGAAGAGGACAGAGGCCCUUCAACAGGGGUGGUUUAUAAAAUUGGUGACCUGGGCCAUGUGACGUCCAGCAGCAGUCCACAAGUAGAGGAGGGGGACAGCCGCUUCCUCGCCAGCGAGGUCCUGCAUGAAGACUACAGCAAUCUGCCUAAGGCGGACAUAUUUGCACUAGGCCUGACUGUCCUGCUGGCAGCAGGGUCGCCCCCUCUCCCUCAGAAUGGAGAUGAAUGGCACAGUCUCAGACGGGCACAGUUACCCAGCCUGCCCCAGGAGCUCUCCCCUGCUUUCAGAAGUCUCAUUCAGACUCUGCUGGAUCCGGAACCAUCUCAACGACCCUCUGCGUCAGCGCUAUGCAGACAACCUGUUUUAAGGAAGGAGAGGACUGGGAAGCUGGCUGCUCAACUACGCAGAGAGCUCAAUGUGGAGAGGUUCAGGACAGCCAUGCUGGAAAAAGAGCUGCAGGAGGCUCGUUUGGCAGCACUGUCCCCACAGCAGGCUUUUCCCCCUGGGCUACAGCAGCCCAUUAAUACAGGGUCCUUGCCCAAAGCUGGGCGGAGGCUGGUCGGUAGGAAUGCUGCCCGGUCCAUGAGCUUUGGAUGCCCAGGGUAUGGAGUGUGAAAGGUGAUCACAUGCUGGGCCUUAUUGGAAGUACCAGAACACUGAUUCUCCUCGCUGCAAAGUCUCGGAGUUUCCCCUGACUCAAGGGACUUCUUAGACUGGCUCAAUGUAUGUUGGUGAGCAGCAAGGUAAAAAGUUACCUAGAAGAGCCUGUGGUGCUUUAUUUUGUGCGUCAGUGCAGUAGAAUCACAGUAUUUUAGACUAAUUUAUAUCAAAGCGGGAAGGAUUUGAUGCAAAAUUCCAUGAAUUUUAUUGUGUAGCACUUCGGCCUUUCAGUGUUUAACUUUUGUGGAGUAGUAUGUUUUACCAUGCAGAAAUUUGGGCCAUUGAGAACUGCUGCAGACACCAGUGAGUGCAAUGCCAAGUCAGCAAUGUUUUAUCAACAGCAAUGAUUUGUUGCUUUUUACAAUGUAAAUAAACUUUUAAGGUCUUAUGAAA